ACUCAUCCGUUUGUAGUUUUCUGACAUUUUUCUGUUUGCUCCAAGAUGUUUAUCAGAUCAAACUGUGCAAAAUACGUCGAGAACCUCAGUAAUUACAGUGCGCGCGAAUCCAUCACGAGACAUCGGAGAAUGCCACAAUAAUCGGAAGAAACUACCCAGGACACUUUUUAAAAAAGAAGUGCCAUGGAUGAUGAAGAGCGUUUGGAGGGAGAAGAAGAAAUGGAGCUUGACGAAGCGUCUGACGGAGAAGAUGAAGAUGAGGAUACCGCAGGGAUUCCUGUUUCUCCUGCAAACUCCGACCAAUUGCUUGGUCCAGUUCCCAUUUCUGGAAGCAUGCUGUGUGCGGUCGCACCCGAUGAGCCGUUUCCUGAUCCAAUGCGAUAUCAAAAAUUUUCACAUCCUGGUGGAAAACCCUUAAAUAUUCGGAGGGGUCCUGGAAGGCCUCGAAAAGAGCGUCCUCCGGGAUCUAUCAGAGGUGUCGGAGUGCGUAGAUCAUUCAGAGGUUCCACGAGGGGCAAGGGACUUGGCUAUGCGCGGGGCAUGCCUCGUAGAACCAAGAGCAAGGAUGAUGAUACGCAUUCCGAAUCGCCGAGUCCUCUGCGUAUUGGUGAAGAUGGAAUAGGAGACGGUGAAAAUUCCGGGAAUGAUAGAUCGAUGCCAGCUCCUGACGAACCGCCUAACUUUCCAGAGCAAUGGCCGGGUAAAAUCUGUGCUUUUUGUAACUUGGGGGAAAGGAGUCAGUUGGGCCAGGGAAAAAUGGACAGGUACACGUUACCUGAAGGAUUGACGCCGGUAAAAAAUGCUAUUCGCGAUGAAGCGGCUGAAGUUCCGAUAGAUGUUGUAAAUCCGGGGGAUAAAAGUCCCCGCACAAGUGGACCAGGAGCUGUUACGUGUCGAAGGGUGAAGAGUCUCGCCAAGUGCAGGACGACUUUCAGAAAUCCUAGUCUCUCCAAUUUCAUCGAACCAGUCGAGGAAUUAUCGAUAGUUGGUUAUUCCGAGGAGCCGGAAGUGGGAAUAUUAUUUGAGCCAACUGGACAUUUUUACGCUCAUUUUUACUGUGCAGUCUGGUCCAGCAACAAUCAUAAUCUUUCUACGGAAAUUAUCAGUUCUGCUAUCAUUCAGGCUUCAUCGCGACGCUGUGCCUAUUGUUCGCACUAUGGAGCAGGAAUUUCCUGCAAGGUGGGAUCGUGCAAUCGUUAUUUUCAUUUGCCGUGUGCGGCUGCUUCUAGUUGUUUUCAAGAGAAAGAAACUUUGUCUUUAUUUUGCAACCUGCAUACGGACCAAGUCCCUCUAAUGUUAAAUCCCGAGAUAUUUUGUGGAGAUUGCGGACAGCUUGGAGAUGUCUCAAAACUAGUGAUGUGCUCCGUCUGCUGUCAGCACUAUCAUGGAAGUUGUGUGGGUCUCCGCCUUUUGCCGGGAGUUCGAGCUGGCUGGCAAUGUGGAAGUUGUCGUGUCUGCCAAGUCUGUCGGCAGCCCGAAGAAGUAUCAAAAGUGAUAGUUUGCGAGAAUUGCGAGAAGGUUUACCAUCCCGGCUGUAUGAGGCCAGUUGUCACCUCCAUUCCAAAAUUCGGUUGGAAGUGUCUGAGCUGUCGAAUUUGCACUGAUUGUGGUUCGCGAACUCCAGGCGCUGGACUGUCAUCAAGAUGGCAUGCUCAGUACACAGUUUGCGACUCGUGCUACCAACAACGGAACAAGGGAUUUUCAUGUCCGCUCUGCCGAAAAGCUUAUCGGGCGGCCGCCUAUCGCGAAAUGGUACAGUGCAACUCGUGUAAGAAAUUUGUCCAUGGGACCUGUGACGCGGACGCGGAUCCGCACACUUAUCAGAAGCGUAAAGAGGAAAAUUCGGAUUAUGAGUAUGUCUGCAAGAAUUGCAAGAAUAUGGCACUGAUGAAGCGCAAGGACAGUUUUGAUGAUCAUGGAUUGGAUUUGAGUUUGACGGGAUCGCAAGACAGUUUGUAUGAUGGGGAUUCGUCGGAGUAUGAUUAUACGGGAGGAAUGGAUGAUUCGUAUUUUUCACUGGGGCUUGGGAAAGGGAAACCGUUUUGUGCUUCCAAGAUUGCGAAAAAAAGGUUUGGACUUGGUGGUGGCAUCGUUGGCAGACCCAAGGGAAUUGGAAAACACGGUUACCAAAAGCGGCAGAAGAUGAAUGAAUUUGGGAGGAAGAGAGGACCAAAAGCUAAAAUGAGGGGCAUUUUUGGUGUUCCUGGGCUCGGAUUGCAGUGUAUGUCCGAGUCCUCAAAAGAAGACGAGCCUGGAGUCGAAAACCGACUAGUCUUAUGCUCGGCAAAGGACAAAUUUGUCUUAACCCAAGACAUCUGCGUGAUGUGCGGGGCAAUCGGUACCGACCAAGAAGGAUGCUUGAUAUCCUGUGCACAGUGCGGACAAUGCUAUCAUCCCUACUGUGCGAAUGUCAAAGUCACGAAGGUGAUUUUGCAGAAGGGCUGGCGAUGCCUCGACUGUACUGUCUGCGAAGGUUGCGGCGAGAAGAACGACGAGGGUCGCCUGAUACUUUGUGACGACUGUGACAUAAGCUAUCACAUAUACUGUAUGGAUCCGCCCUUGGAUUACGUGCCUCAGGGUAAUUGGAAGUGCAAGUGGUGUGCCCAGUGUCAGACUUGCGGUUCAAAUGAUCCUGGAUUCAACUGCAACUGGCAGAAAAACUACACCCAGUGCGGACCUUGCGCCUCGCAUGCCACCUGUCUGGAAUGCACACUGCCUUACAAUGAAGGAGAUUUAAUUAUUCAAUGCAUACAAUGCGAGAGGUGGCUCCACUGCUCCUGCGACUCGAUAAAAAAUGAAGCCGACGCGGAAAAGUGCGCCGAGGAAGGCUACAAUUGCACGAGAUGUCGGCCGAGUGACGAGCCACCUCCUCAUAUUUUGCGAACCUUGCCAAAACCACAACCGAAAUUUCCUCGCUCGCCGCCACCUGUCCCUGAGACGCCCGAAGUCUAUAAACCUUCGCCUCAACAGUAUUUAGUCGACGGUGUUUACUUGUCCGAGUCCGGGAUGAAUCACAUCAAAUCGUUGACCUUUGAGCAUCAGCAGACACGAAAAAAGCGUCGAAAGCUUCUACCGGUUGUUGAUAAAGAGGCGGACAUCAUGGCAACGAUAGAGUCGGUUGUCGCUGGUGGUAGUCUCGACAAUUCGAUGGAGGAUGCUGGCGCACAACUCGAUCUUCUCGAUGUCAAAGACGAGCCGAUUGAAGUUCUGAAGGAGGGCAUGGUCUGGACACCUCGUGGUGGCGAACCUCCACCCGAGGGAUUCAGUAUCUACACGACGGAGAACGGCGUACCGGUUCUGCGACGCAAGCGCCAGAGGAAUUUGCAGAAACUUGGAAUUGGUGGAUUUAUCGUUAAAAUCAGAGGAACGAGGAAGGAUAAGGAGGAGGAGGGUGAUGCAGAGAAGGCUCCCGAGGGAAUGGUUGGUUUGUCGGAAGACAAGCCGAGGAGGAAGCCUCAAAGGAGAAAACCAAAGACCAAGCUCUCCGAAUGUUUUCCUCUUUACAUGCAAGAGGCAUUCUUCGGCAAGGUUCUUAUGGACACAACCAAAGAGAACGACUCGGAAAAUGGAAGCGGCUCGGACGGUGAGACGAAGAUUGCGAGAAAUACGGGCGGGACCAUUCAGUUGUCGCAGGAUGAGCUCAAGGCGAUUGAGAAGGUAAAAGCGAAGCAGGAGAGGGAGGAGGUGAAGCUGCCAAUUGAGAGGCAGAUCAAGAGGGAGGAAAUUUUGGAUGAUGAUGUUAGUGAUUCAGAAGUUCCUCUGGAUAUUUUGCCGAUUUCGGGAGAUUUGCUUGAUAAUGAUUUGGUAAAUACGAUCAUGAAUGAGAGGGAUGAUGAUUUGGCGAAGGCUAGUGAAGCUUUGGAGGAAUUGGAUAAUGCUCCGGGUCCGAGUAAGGAUGAGUUGACUGAUAUUCUAAGCCCGCAUUUCAAUUUGGAAUCGAUGGUUAGAGAUACAGGCUUGCCGAACAUGGACAGCAAAGAUGUGGAGGACAUAUUUAAGGGUGUCCUCACCGAUGAAUCUCAAGAAUCUCAGGAAUCGUCUGUAUUUCCGAUUCAGCCGCAAGUUACUCCGCAUGCUUCUGCUCCUACUACACCUCUAGUUUCUCCUUCUCCUCAUCAUAGUUUACAAGUAAAUUUGCAGUUGGCCAGAACACAAGUUUCCAGCUCUCUGCCAUCAGUUGGUCAAUCCAACUUAAAUUCUCCUAUGAGUUUUCCACCGCCCUCGCCUUACUGUUCCGAAUACAGCAAUGGCAGUAGCCCACAUUACAGUCCACAUUACUCGGAACCACCAAGUCCCUGGGUGAAUCCCGAUGACGAGGGAACUCCUGGAAAUGUGGCUGUUCCACACAACCAAAGAGGUAAUAAUCCUAAGAUGGAAGCAGACGAACAGUUGGGCACCGGCGCUACGAUCUCGAUGGUUCUUUAUGCAAAUAUUAACCAUCCUGAGUGGAAAACUGAAUAUCCAGUUUGGUCUGAGCGAUCCAAACAAAUUCAGAAAAAGUGGCGAGCCCUGCCCGCAGAAACGAAAGCGCCGUAUCUGACUCAGGCAAGGGAAAACAGAACGGCAAGUCGCAUGAAGAAAACUCAACAGAUACCCAAGGAUUUACCAAGCACGAACCCAGUCACUGCAACAAGCGCACCUACCAUCACCACCAAACCUGUCACCACUCUGUCAUCAGCUCAAGUUCCUCCAGUAGUUGCUAUGACCGCCAAUCAAAAACAAAUUGGACUUUUGGCCUCGGUGGACCUGGACAAAUCGCAGGAGAAGAAUGGACUGUCUCUGUCAGGACCGGGAUCAUCAGCGGCAGCAGCGAGCAGUGGUCAACUAGCGGAGGAGCAGGACAGACUUACGAAUAGGGACAGAUCUACUCGCGAAGCUGAACAAGAACGCCAGUGGAAACAACUUCAAGCCUUGCGGCAACAGCAGGCCCAACUUCAACAGCAAGUUAUACACGAACAACGUGUUCAUGCAAUGGCAAGAGUUCAUAGGCAAAUCAACGAGGAUGGUUCACCUGCCUUGAAUCCUGAUGGCACUCCGGGGCUAACUACUCAACUACAAGUUUCCACGUCUCAGGAUGGCAAUCAGAUGACCUCGAUGGCUUCACCUUCACCAGGAUCUCGAGCGACCUUCGCAACACCUCCCAUCAAAGUGACUCGAGGCAUGGCACCCCAAAGUCCUCAUCAAGGUAUGCCUCGUUUGCCCAAUCAACCGUGUACAACGACAGUGAUGCGUCCGAUAGGAAAUGUCGUGAGGCCUGGGAUUCCAAAUGCCUUUCCUCAACCACCCUCGCCAUUCUCACCCCAAGCACCUCAAUCCCCUCACGACUUUCCUCAAUCGCCGGCUUCCUCGCAAUCUCAGGAGCACUUUCAGCGCUUCGAGAGCAGCGGCAGCGAGGCCUUCUCCCAAGGCUCGCAAACGCCCCGAUCUCAAAUCGUCAGCACUCCCUCGACGUAUUCCACGUCGCCGCGAAACGAUGUAUUUAAUCAACCCCCGGGCACACCGCGACCUGUUUUUAAUACAAAUAGCACACGUCCCACCACACAUGUCUAUGCACCCUCUCGUACUCCUGAUCCUUAUAGCAGCCAACCUCCCACACCUUCUCCGGUUCCGAGUUAUGCCUCUCCCAGGCCCGAGUCGAGGACAGAAGCACAGCCGGCCGAGGCUUUCAGUCAGCAACCGGAGGUCAAUCGACAGCUGAGAGAUCUUCUCCAGAGGCAGCAGUUUAAUAAGAAGAUUGAACCUCACAGUGCUUCUUGGCCUCCAGAUGGGCAAAAUACCGGUGAUGUUCUACCUCAACAAUUUGAAACUGGACAAAUACAAUUGCCACAGCAUCCUCAGCCGUCCGGAAAUACCGCGGAAGGAACUUUCAGACAACCUCUUCCUCCUGGAAUUGUCAGACCUAGAAUGCCGUUACCACCUAAUGUCCUCAUUAGAAAUCCUAUUGGAGUUACGCCAAGGCACGCAAUGGCAGGGAAGCUUGAUUCCACGAGGCUUCAGGGACUGGACCCUCGUACUAGAAUGCUCUUGAGGCCACCAUUACCCGUUGGCGUGUCUCAACAGCACUUCCAAGGAAAUCAAGUUCUUCAAAGACUUCCUGGUCCCAGAAGUGCUCUUCCCGAACAUUACGAGGUCUUGCAACAGCCAAGAUUUUCAGAACCCAAUCAAGGACAAAUGGCCCAGCGAAUCGUGCGCGCUGGCCAAGAUGCAAUGAGCCAAGGAAUAAGAAUGCUGGGCGCUCACGGAAUGGUCCGUCCGCCUGUAAUUCCCACGGGAGUUAGCGAACCCAGUGUCAGUGCUCCGGAAGCUUCCGAAAUCCCGGAUAACGUUACAGCCGAAUUAGAAAAACUCGAGCAAGAGGCCGCUCCUUUGGGAGAGGUCGAGGGCGUUGGUGCAAUAUUAGGAGACUUGGGAGAUGACGACGAUGAGCUUCUUGCUGAAAUGGGCGCCGACUUCAACAUUUUGGAAUACGCUGACCCAGAGCUGGACAACAUAACCGGAGGCGAGAAGACAAACAUCCUCGACUUGGAUUUGGAGCAAGUGGAGGUUGAAACGAAGGAGGAGAAGCAGAAGAAAGUGACGAAGGAAGAGCCAAAGUCGGAAGACUUGGGUGGAACGACAACAGCUCACACGGACAACAACGAGGGAAGAGUGACGAGCACUGUUCAAGCACCAGCAGAGACACCUACUGCUCCAACUCAAGUGCAGUCAAUGCAGGCACCGACAUCGCAAAAUUCCCAGCCAGCAACUCAAGUUUUGCCCCAGGCUCAUCCAAUUUCGGCGUCUGUGCAGCAGAUGAAUCAGCAUGUGCAGCAAGCAGCUGCCCUCGGAAGACCUAUGGCUCCUGGUACUAAACUCCUGGCUCCGGAUGGUACCAUCGGAAUCGUCACCUCAACCAAUACCGUCACUGUCAGUUAUCCGACGACCUUCCCCGGUCAUCCGCAACGCAUCCCCCAAACGCAUUUGCAAGUUCAACAACACCAACGACUUGGAAUGAGAGUCGCAGGCGUGCAAAAUGUGGCGGGGAGGGUGGUUUCCGUCAGUCAUAUGAUUGGUCCCCGCAUGCCUCUUCCGCCACCGCCGCCUCCACCGCCUCCGUAUCCUGGUCCUCCUCCUCCAUAUCGAGGACCUAUACAGAUGGGGCUAUGCCCAGGUGAGCGGGGUUUGACGCGGCCCCCAAUUCACAUAGGGCACCCAGUCACGGGUCCACCAUUGGCCCCGGUCGUUCAUACUGGUGCGCCAACAAUGUCACCUCAUCCUCUACGAAGACCUUUGCUUCUGCAGGAGCAACCGUUAUUGCUGGAGGAACUCUUGGAACAAGAGAAGCGUGAACAGGAAAAGCAGCACCAGCAGCAGCAAGCCGAUACGACGACACCUAGUGGUGCUCUUUUGAGCGACAGUGAAUUUGAGAGGCUCAGGGCAGAGGCGUUGGCAUCACCUCCUCAAGGAAUUCCAACUGUCGCUGGUGGCGUUCCUUCCAUAAGGCCAGGUUGCGCUCCACGACCUCCAUCAGCCCCAGGUACAAACUGGUCUCCAGCAACACCUGAUCCUAGCAAAUUAUCUGUCCAAGCCGCUAGACAACCGAUCUCCACGCAAACACCACCCGAACCGCGCAUUGUGACUUUUAGUAUUCCUCAACUUCCGGCUCCUCCCGCACCGCCCGAGAACAUUGUCACUGAACAGGAUCGACAGAUUCAGUUGCAGUACGAACAGUGGCUAAAUCAUCAGAAUCAAAUAUUAGCGCAACAGCUCAAAUAUUACGAGACGGAAGUGCAGAAGCUUCGCAAGCUCAAAAAGUCGCUGAAUAGCAAACAACGUGUGCUACGCAAAUCGUGCAACGAAUUAUCCGAGAGUGAUAAUGCCGAGUUGCAGCGAGUCACGACCGAGCAAGGAAUACUUCAGAAACACCUGGACGCAAGUCGAAAACAGACCCGUCAGCAUGGAAUGUUGGUGCAGGAGUAUAAUAGCAAGCAACAGCAGAAGCUACAACCCCAAAACACCGAAUCCUGUUCACCUAUGAUGUCUCCCUCACAACAUUCUUCUCCGCUGAGCAGUCCCGCGGCGCUUGUUUCGCACAGUCCAGGUCCAGGAAGUGCUUCCUCCAACAUGAUUCAACACUCACCCGCAAAUUCACUAGUGCAACAUAGUCCCAAUCCUCCCAUGUUGCAGCACAGUCCCGGCAAUUCACAGUCUGCCAAUCCGGGAACAAUGUCGCCCCACAACAUGCAACCAUCCCCAAGAAUUGGCACUCCACUCUCCCAGGGCGAUGAGAAUCCUUUCAGUCCGGGUCCGAUGCCAUCGCCCGGAAUUUGUGUGCCCGCGGCUACAAGAAUGACAUCUCCUCAGCAUCGAGCUGUCAUAACCGGGAGACUCACCACCAGUCCAGGAUCUUUUACCACCGACGCACGAUCACCCCAGCAAAUCAUGGGCGAUCAGAACAUUCGAAUGCACGGUAUCACACAACGUUUUGUCCGUCCACCCGCCAUGGGUGAAGUAACUCAACGACCGAGAAUGCAACUACAAGCUGGGAUAGUCUAUGGACAACGAUCCCCGCUCGGAAGUCCACAGCCCCAGCCACAACCGAUUUUGACGCAACAGCAGCAUCAGCAAAUGCUCCAGAGGCAACAGAUCAUUCAACAGCAGCACGAGGUCAUAUCGCAAGAUAAUCAAAACGUCCUCGCUCAGAAGACCAUGCAAAUGAUGCAGCAGAGACAGCAGCUUCUUCAGCAACAGGAGAGGCUUGUUCAACAGCAGAGGCAACAAUUUCUGCAGUUGCAGCACCAGCAGCAGCAACAGCAGCACAUGAUACAAAAAUCGCCCACCUCGCCCAUGGUACCCCAACCAGUCAACUCUCCCAGUCCCCAAUUACAUCAACAGAUGCAGGGCUACGGACAGCCGCCAAGUUCUCCACUUGCUCGCAGUCCUGCCGUUCAACAAGCCAUGGGUUCUCCCAUGCUUCAGCAACAACUGAGCCAAUCAUCACAGCCCCCGAGUCCGAUGGGCUCGAGGGUUCACAGUCAUCCACCCACCUCGCCGAUGCUUCAACAUCAGCUGAACAAUACCCAUCAUCCGCCGCCUUGUCAGACGCCCAACUCGCCAAUGCCUCGCAGUCCAAUGGUGGGUGGAUCACCAAUGCAGAUGCAGAGACGACAAUCAACUGGAAAUAGUCCAGGGAUGCCGGACAGACCUCAGAGUGUCGAGAAUCCCGGAACUCCAAGGACACCGCACACGCCUCUUGGAAAUUAUGGCUCUCAGAAUUCCCUGAAUCAUGAGCAAAAUCAAAUGCAACAACAAAUGCAGCAGCAACAACAACAACAGCAACAACAACAGCAGCAACAACAACAGCAGCAGCAGCAAGAUCAAAAUAUGGAGCAUUCAAGAGGUGGAGGUAAUCCCCACAAUCCAAUCAAUGCUCUGCCCCUGCCGACGUGUUUCGGAAAAUUUGGGUAUUUCAAGUUGGGUCUCAGAGGUGGAUCGCCCAUGUGGUCAACCAAAGCCGAGACGAGCAAAGGAAAAACUUCGGAGCCAACUUUGAGCGAGGAAAAGUCCAAUCCCCAAGGCAAUUUGGGUGCUAUUUUACCCAGGAAGCCUUCUCUCAAAAACUCGUUAGUCUGUGCAGAUUAUAACGAUUUUGAUGAUGAUUCUCAUACACCUCCACAAACAUCUCCGCUCACACUUGAACCAAAGGCUACGACAUCUUCGCUGGCUGAUGGUUCACUCAGCAGUCCGCAUGAUAAAUUGGAACCAAUUCCGGACACGACUGAUUAUGAUGAUGACAAGAAUGUUGUGAAUUCCGAGGUGACACUGAGUUCGGCUGCACAAGGUGACAAUGACGAUAUCAAUGACAUAAAUGAUAUGGAGCAGUUUAGUGGUGCGAGUCUGGACGUUUUGUGUCCUCUCGCGGACAAUCUAGCUGAUAAUCUUGCUGACAAUCAAAAUGAGUACGGUUUGAAUGAUCUUUUCGAGCAAGACAUGGUCUUGAUUGACAGCAAUGAUUCUCUCAGCAAUGCGCUUAUCAACGACAGCGCUCAGAAUCAUAAUCUCCAAAUGCAGAUCCUGGGACUCGAGUCUUCGGAAAGUCAGGUGGAAGAGCACAAUUUGUGCGAUGAAGAUCUCCAUUCGCAGGUGAGAAGUAAAAAGGAUUUGAAUUUAUCUCUGAUGUCGAUAGAGGGCAAACGUCUUGCUCCUAGUGAUACUCCUGAAUCUUCGGAUCAUGAGGAACACACGGUCGCUUCUUUGAUUCAACGCCAAGUGUCCGAACCUAAAUCGGAGGUGAAAUCGCCGGAGAAAUUGGUGAUUGAGAAGAAGGAGGAGGAGAAGCCGAAGGAGUCGAAACCAGAGAAGGCGAAAGAGUUCAAAGUGCUGGAAUCGAUUCUCGAGAAACCAAAGUUGAAUCAGGAGCCAGAACAGGUGCGUUCUCAAGCUCCGAUUGUCACCCGAGCCAAUCCUUUUGCGCCUCUUCCCAAGUUUGUCGCCUCAGUGACAAACACGAGUUUCGAAAAGCCAACUCCCAAGCCAGUGCCGGAAAUUCGUGCCGGAUUAUCAAUGGGCACUAUAGUCGCUGAUGCAAAAAUUGCCGCGCGACUCACUCAGGCAACUCUGAAGGGGACUUAUGUCAAAGAUUUUAAAGCUGAGGCCCCGAAAGAGGCGAUGAAGACGGGAAUAGAGAAGACAAUCGAGGAUAUAUCGCGAGUUAUCAGGCCGGACAAUCCUAAAAUUUCUAAUAUUCAGGUUAAUCUUCAAACCUCUUCCAACUUUUCCGGCCCGAAAAUGUCAUUACUCGAAGCAACCAAGAGGGACACGGCUCUGAAAGCUCUGAUGGAUCCGAAAGCUGGAACUUCUCAAGUUUUAAAGGAGAAGAAAGAGCUGGAAAGACAGAAAGAACGACACUGCGAGGAGAUGCGUGAAGGAGAUAAAUCAGCAAAACUGGAUUCCAAAUUUGAACGACACACGAACAACGAGGAGAAAAAAGAUCCGCAUAAUACCACCGAUGAACUCGAAUUAGAACUCGCUGCUCUUCACCAUCCCGCCGAGCAUAUUACGAAUGGUGAAAGGAAUUCGAAAAAGGAUGAAUCGAAUCAUCCCCUGGAAAGUGCUUUUCAAGGUAGACGAGUUUCUCCAUCUGCCGAGGAUAAUGAAUCGCUUGUCCACAUUUUAGAGAACGAUUCUGAGCCCAUGGACAAUGCAAAUCGGGAUGAUAAUUCGGAGAUGAAAGAGAAGGAAAAAUCGAAGGAUGAAUCGAUGGACACUAGUUCUCUGGCUAGAGAACAACGCCAGGAAAUACCUCACUUUCAGCGGAAGAACUCGGUGCAAAAAGUCUUUAUGGACGACACUCCUGACGAGAUACUCGACCUAUUAGACGGUAUAAUAUCUGUGAAGCCAGAAAUGGCGAAUGCAGACAUUCUACAGAAGGAUAAGAGUCAGAAGUCGAAUAUGCAUUAUCAAGUUCCAACUCCAUCGGGAACUCUACCCGCCAAUAUUCUUCAGGACUCGUCUGUCGACCUGGAACAGGGUAACUCAAACAGUGAGCGUCAAGUCGUGAAUGAGAGGAAUUCUCCCCAGAUAUCAAGGGAGAGUCCCUCGCCCUCAAUGGGCACAAUGCAACCUCAGAGGCGCGACUCUUCUAAUUCAAUGGGCGGAACUGUUGCACAACUGCAGCGUACAACAACGUCCGUUUCCCAUCACUCGCCGCUCUCGAAACCCUCGGAUUUGGCACAAAACAUCAAGAAUGGUUCGCAACAACUCAGGAAUUUGCUCUCCUCCUAUCAAGCCAAUCAUUCUCAAAGUCACUCGACAACGUCCCCGGCAAGUAUUAUGCCGAUGGUGUCGUCCUCGACGACUGGACCAGCAAAACCGGGCAACACAGCAACGACGAGCAGUAUUUCGGGUCCUCUGACCUCGUUGAAUGUUCAUGGCGGACCGGGAAUUCGACUGCACUCUACGAGUCCCUUUGUCAGUAGCAGUAGUGCGGUGCAUGGAAAGCCCGAGAAUGGCAAUUCGAAUUCGACGAGUUCGGCUCAGCAGAUGAAGGAACCUAGUGCGAGUGUUGCGAUGGUCUCGAAUCUGGCAAAGUCGUUGCCUUCGGAGAAUUUUCUGCGGGUCACGAUGAGUGGCGCAGGAGGGCAGAGUCAGUCGAGCAGUAUUUCUCUUCAUGCAGCUUCGAGUGCUGCGGCACCGAGGCCAACCGGAAUUUCGAUCACGUCGAAUGCCAUGCUGAAUGCGAUGCUGGCUGGCACUAAUUCGGCGAAACCGACAAUGGCUGGUAGAACGAGUACACAUUUGACGCAUACGAGCAAUUUGCUGAGUUCUGUGAUGCCACCGGCUUCGAUGCAGAGAACCCAGAAUGUUCAGGCGAUUCUACAAGUGAGCUCAAGUUGCUCGCCGAUGCCCUCGAGGAUGUUGGUGAAUGUCGCUCCUUCAACGGUGAGUUCGUCGAUGCAGUGUGUUCGGACAAUUGUUCCACCAAUGGUUACAGCAACCUCAAACUCAGUGAAUGUCACCACAAGCAUUUUGCAGUCCACCUUAUCACAAGCUCCAACUCUACUGCACAAUCAGCUAACAUCCGGUGAAUUGCAAUACAAAACCGGGGCUUUACCAAUAGACGGGAAAAAAUCGGAGCCUGAUGCCUUGCCUUCGAACUCGACAAUCAAGAAAGACUCUGAUGGACAUCAAUCAAAACUGCUCUCGAAUGACAAACCACCUUCUUCGAGGCUAGACUCGGAAAUCAACAAACCUGGAUCGACCUCCCACCGACUAGAAGAGUCGCAAAACGUUCUUCUGAAGCAACUCUUACAAAACACAGCUUGCGCAACCACAACACUCUCGUCAUCCACAAGCCAAGGACCAAGUUUACCCCUGGUUCCAUCCUUAGAAGCUCAACUGGCAAGACCUGUGCCUCCAACUCCGUCUUCCUUACUACCUCCACUUUUGAAUGAACCUCCAGUGAACAAAACACCUCCAACCAAACAGGUCUUGACGAAAGAAACCUCGUUUGUGUCACACGCAGUGACAUCCACCAAAAUGCAGAGCACAACACCCAAAGAGGAGCCGCCGAAAGCUCCAUUAACUCAGCAUCAGCCGCAGCAAACACAAGUGACAACUCCUUCUCUGAAUGUCCAGUCGAUUUCCCGAUCUCUGGAAAGUUUAGCGAAACAGCAGGUCCACAAUCAGCAUAUCAAGAAUCUCUCGUCGUCGAUGCCGGGCAAUCAACAGGGGAUCAUGACUUCGAGUGCGAAUUCAACCAUGAAACAGGUCGCAACGCCACCAGCUAUCUCGGAGAGUAGUUUAAAUUCUCAACAAGAGAGUGUUGUCUCGCAGUCUCAGGUUGUGUCGACGACCGAGUCGGUGAAUUUGGCAACUAGUGUUUCGCAGGCACAGCAGCGAGUCUCAACUCCAAUGACUGUUUCGAGGCAUAUGAUGCAACCGAAGCCAGUUGUUUCGACAAUGGCUUUGAAGGCAGCUUUGGCCAGUUCGGAAGUUUCUAGUCUGGUCCAGAGUCAACAAUCUUUGGUACCUCCAACGUCGCAACCAGUAGCGACUGAGGUUCAGCCAGCUGUUGCGCCGAAACCUCAGAUUCCGAUUCAACAGCAGCAGCAACAAUCUCCGAUUGUUAGUACAAUACAACCGUCAGUGCCUCAGACGACGACUCAUACUCAGAGUCGUUUACAAGCUCAGAUGCCGCAGAGUACAAUUACAUCACACACAGUGCCUUUGAUGGAAGUGAAGAAAGAAAUUCUUGACGAAGUCCUACCUGGUAGUAGCUCUGGCCAAUUAAACGAUACCAAAGACUUUCUUCCUGCCAAAGAAGAGCUCGUUGAUAGUUCUAUUGACGAUAAAAAUGAUCUCAAAAAAAUAAAAAGACGGCAAUACCAGCAAAAGCGGAGACAAAGUCAAGGCAAGGAUGCAGCCAUGGGUGCGCAGAAGAAGCGUACGAAAAAGGAGCCGCGCUUAGAACAAGACUACGAGACGUUCAUGGAAAAUGUAAUGAUCCAAUUGCGCCAGCUGCCACCAAUAACCGUGGCCGAACCUCUCUUGAGCCGAAAUUACGGUGUCUGUCCGAUUUUUGGAUCCGGCGACUUGUCAAAAAUUAGUACUGUCAAAGACUACAACACGAGGACCGGUGACCUAAUUGGUUCAUAUGGGAACGCGAAGCUCUCAGGUAUUUCUGAUCAUUACAACACACAACCCUUCGGAGAACUUGAACCUUUGCCGCCGGUUCCGCCAGUUUCUACCCAAAGGGACUUCUACGAUCGAGAAUUUCCUCCCCUCAAACUCGACGACAAUGAUCGAAAAGACAGCAUGUCGGCAACUCGCGACAUCGACACACCAGAUACAAUCGUCAGUUCAUCCUCCCCGGAAUGUGUGAUACCGCCAAGCAUUCAAAGGUUUCCGGGUCUAAGAUUAAUUGACGAUGAAUCUGAUGAAGAUUCGGAAGCCGCAAGUCGAUUUUCACCUCAGAUUACGAUACUCACCCCCAUUCCGAUUCGACCAGGAACGGGACCUUUCAUAAAAAAUAUUGCUAAUAACGACAAAGAGAAUUUAGGAACUACUAGAAUCGGAAAAUCACCACCAGCUCCUUCGAAAGAUAAUGAAAAUAUCAACGUGACAGUGACAUUAAAUAGUCAAACAACGGAUGAUAUUUUGGGAGUACUUAAGGAUUUGGCAAAUGUUUUAAACUGCCCGCCUCCCGUCGAGUACCAGAUCACAGAAAGAACUACUACACCACCUAGUCAAAAAUUAGGACUUUAUAGGACUAAAGGAAAAGAUGGAAAGGAAGGAGCGCCGGUCGACAUUCAAAGCAUCUUGAACGGCGAUGCAAAGUUCUGCAGGCACUGCGAUGUCGUCAUAUUGAAUAGUUUAAUAAGAAAACAGGUGUCGGAUUUACCAUUUUUAAGCAAAGAGGAAACAGAGCCUGGAGACGAACUCUGCUUUUGUUCAGCGAAUUGUUACAUGCAGUUUGCACUCAUGCACAGAUCGCCUACCAUUACUCAAGACAAGGCCGCAACACUCGUCGACCAUCUGACAAUUCGUCACAAAACGGGUAACAAAUUCCUGGACGAGAAUCUCCAAAUACUUCAAGACGAGAAAUUCUUUGAGAAACAAAUUGUAGCUCGCGUCGAAAAUUCACAUCAGAAUCGACUUGGCGAAGUCGGUGUAACGGCACAUUCUCUGAAGAAUAAUCUGGAUUUGCAGGAUGGUAUCUUGGGGAGAAAAAGGCCACUUUCAGCUGUCGAGGAACCCUCGAUAGACCCGAAUGAACCUCAACCUCCGGUCAAAGUUUGGAAAGGUCUUCGCUACAAAACGUGGAGUUCGGGGGCAAUGCAACCCGCUGUUAAAUACAAGAAACAGAAUGAACGUGAAGUCACAGAGAUGCUUUUCCGAAUGGGUGUCACUGUGUGUCCAGUGAAAGCGGAAGACUCCAGACGUUGUAUAUUUUGUCAAAAUCAGGGUGAUGGAGCGGCAGACGGUCCUUCUCGAUUGUUGAACUUCGAUGUGGACAAGUGGAUUCAUCUGAACUGUGCUCUUUGGGCACACGAAGUCUACGAAACGGUGAACGGAGCCUUGAUGCAAAUCGACGAAGCUCUGCAGCACAGUCUUGUCUUGAAAUGUGUGGUUUGCGAGAAACCGGGAGCUUCUGUAAGAUGCUACAAAACUCGGUGCACUAAUUAUUAUCAUCUUGGUUGUGCGGUUAAGGAUAACUGCGUUUUCUUCAAGAACAAGCACACCUAUUGCUCUCAGCACGCAUCGAAAAACGACAAGGAGGAGGAGCUGACAACACUCUCAGUCUAUAGGCGCGUCUACGUGAAUCGCGACGAGAACCGUCAAGUGGCUGCUGUGAUGCAUCACUCGGAACACAAUCAUCUUCUCCGAGUCGGAAGUUUAAUAUUCCUCAGCGUUGGUCAUCUCCUUCCCCAUCAGCUCGCCAAUUUCCACACCCAAAAUCACAUUUAUCCCGUCGGCUACAAAAUCGUCCGAUUCUACUGGAGCAUGAGACGACCCAACAAGAGAUGCAGAUACGUCUGUUCGAUCCACGACGUCUCGGGCAGACCCGAGUUCCGAGUCCUCGUCCAAGAACCGCCCGAGGAGGACGUCGAGCUCCGUGACGCGACGCCUCGCGCCGUUUGGAAUCGAAUUCUGGAACCCUUGGCCGAGCUGCGAAGGUCCACGAAUAGCGUACAACUCUUCCAACGAUACAUCACAGGCGAGGAUCUCUUUGGCCUGACGGAACCGGCAGUUGUCCGAGUGCUCGAGAGUCUUCCCGGAAUUGAGAGUUUGACGGAUUAUAGGUUCAAGUACGGGCGAAAUCCCCUCCUCGAACUGCCGUUGGCGAUUAAUCCGACCGGAAGUGCGAGGACAGAAGCUAGAUUGAGAAAUCAGUUGCCUUGGAAGCGGCCUCAUACUCAGAGAACUGGUGGUUCAUCAGUUAGAGCGAGUUUCACGCCCACAACCAAUGUGGCCGGCGAAGUUACGUGUCCCUAUUCGAAACAGUUUGUCCACUCGAAGAGCUCGCAGUACAAGAAGAUGAAGCAAGAGUGGAGGAAUAAUGUGUACCUGGCGAGAUCCAAAAUUCAGGGUUUGGGUCUCUAUGCAGCGCGAGAUUUGGAGAAACAUACGAUGGUCAUUGAGUAUAUUGGAGAGAUCAUUCGGUCGGAAGUGGCUGAGACGAGGGAAAAGCAAUAUGAAGCUAGAAAUCGUGGUAUUUAUAUGUUCCGAUUGGAUGAAGAUCGUGUGAUUGAUGCAACUCUGUCCGGAGGACUCGCCCGGUACAUCAAUCACUCCUGCAGUCCGAACUGUGUGACUGAAAUCGUUGAGGUUGAAAGAGAUCUUAGAAUUAUUAUAUUUGCGAAGCGGAGAAUCUCACGUGGCGAGGAGUUAUCAUACGAUUACAAGUUUGACAUUGAAGAUGACCAACAUAAGAUACCAUGCGCAUGUGGUGCCGCAACCUGUCGCAAGUGGAUGAACUAAAAUUGUUACUGUUACUACGUUAUUGGGUAGGUUUUUACAUGAAGGAUUGAAAAAAAAAUUAUCUAUAUAUAUAUAUAUAUAUAUAUAU